AUACAAGUCAGAAGAGUCAGAAGAGAAGAGUCACUAGUCAGAAGCAGUGAGCAGCCACAAGUGUGAAGAGUGGGAAGGGUGAAUCCUGAGUCAAUAAGAGCUUCCGUAGCACUACUUCGACACCCGUCCGCCCCCGCCGUUCAAAUCUGCUCCUCGCCCCUUGCGACAUCAUACAAGUGAAGCGAAGCUCGCAGGAGCCUUCUUGCGCUGCUACACGCGUCUUAGGAGAUGUGGCUGUAAGUGCGCGGAGGAUGGCGUGGUGAAGGACAAGCAUGUUCAAAGUCGUGAGUGCAGGUCCAAAACACACGAUCCAAGCUCUCGAAGCUCUCGAAAGGAGUCAGCCAAGCUCUCCAGAAAAGGCGUCGAGCAUACAACCAUGCAAGCACCACCCACUGCUGUCGAGGAGCAAGACCCGGUCUCGGCCUCUGCGCCAGGCUGUGCUCCCCACACCUACGCGCCCUCCGCAACGCUUGCACGCGCAACCUAUCGACAUCUGCUCUCCUCCUCUUCUCUGGUACCCAGCAACCCGUUGCGCGUCAUUGCCCACUGUGACGUGGAUGCGGCCUAUGCAGCUUUCGAAGGUCGUCGAUUAGGUUUGGAUCCUCACGCGGUGCCGUUGGCCGUGCAACAAUGGACAGGUCUCAUAGCCGUCUCCUACGCCGCUCGAAGAGCAGGAGUGACGCGCUUCAUGAACAUCGAAGAGGCCAAGCAAAAGUGUCCAGAUCUGAGAUUGGUGCACGUCUCCACGUAUGCUCCUGGCUCGCCCGUUGCAGGCUACAACGCCGACCCUGAUCCAAGCACGCACAAAGUGAGCUUGGAUCCGUACAGGCAAGAGUCGCUAAAGCUGUUGCAAAUCUUCAAGCAAGGCCUGCCGCUCGGCGCAGUCGAAAAGGCGAGCAUAGACGAGUCUUACUUUGACUUGACCAUCGAAGUCAGGCGGGCCAUCUUGCAGGCUCAUCCUCACUUGUCCAACCCUCCGCUCACGUCCGACCAUCCAAACCCUCUGGAUGCUCCACUGCCUCUGCCCGUGCCCAAUAUCCUCGCAUGGGGCGGAGAGCGCGGAGAGGUGGUACCGGCGAAGCCCGUCUCUGGUCCAGUCGGUGACGACAUGAGCAUACAAGCGGUAUCGACGACAUCGGAGGAGAGACAGUGCAGCUGGACGGACGUGGCAUUAUGGUUCGGAGCUGGCAUCAUGAGCGAUGUGCGCGCGCGCGUUCGGGAAACGCUGGGAUACACGACGAGCGCAGGGAUCGCCAGCAACAAGACGUUGGCAAAGCUCUGCUCUUCCAUGCACAAACCCAACAUGCAGACUACCAUGCUGCCCGCCGCCGUGCCCGGCUUUCUGCAAGAUCUGCCCUUUCAAAAGAUUCGCUUCUUGGGAGGUCAGCUAGGCAGCGCGAUGGCCGAAGAGUGGGGCAACUCCACCGUGGGGGGACUCUGGCACAUUGGCAAGGACGAGAUGAGGGCUCGAUUUGGAGAGGAGAGCGACUGGGUGUGGAAUGUUCUGCGAGGCAUAGACCACGCGCCAAUCGUGGAUCGUAUCUCUACCAAAUCUAUGCUGGCUGCGAAAGCGGUACGACCUCCCAUACGCAAGAUGGAAGAAGCAUACCACUGGCUAGAAAUCCUCUCUACGGAACUGGGCGUCCGCUUGAACACUGCCAGACAAGAGAGCGAAGGUCUGUGGCCCAAGACGCUGACUGUGAGGUGGUUGGUAGCAGGAGGCAGACCCCAGAGCAGGCAGGCGCGAUUUCCAUACUCGAAGGAUUUUGCCGGUGCACCAACUCUUGGUGGAGCGAGAGGCUUGGCAUCCGCUUCCGAAGCUGUGAUCCCAGACUCGGAGAAGGAAAAAGCUACGAACGACAGGAUGUCGCAAGUGCAGUAUUCGGCUGGCUCGGCGUACAUCUUUGGACGCGCAAAGGACCUAUGGCGAGAAGCCAUGGGGGAAAGGCUCGCCAGAGCGGGAUCUGCGACGGGCGUGCAGGCGGACAAUUCCAAACCCAUCAUCAACAUCAGUCUGCAAUUCAGCGGACUCGAAAAGCUGGAAAGUGGACAGAGGGGAAUCGAAGCUUUUCUUGGCGCCGACACUAGCACAAGCGCGAACUCGAAUUCGAAUUCGAAUUCGAGCGGCCGCGCUACCGAAGGCUCGCCCGGAUCGAGAAAAUUCGGAAAUGGCGCGAGUGGGCAAGCGUACACAUCGAGGCCUGACAGUGCCGAGCAGGCCAGGCAGAGCGGCAAUCACAAAGGAAUAGCAAAGCUCUUUGGUCAACUCGCAUCGCCUGCCGAAAAUCAGCAGGCUGCGCUCUCCUCGUCGUCCGUCGCUCCCAGCUCGAGCUCGAGAGGGGCGCUCAAGCUGGAAGAAGAUCUGUUGCUGGAUGACCUCGACUUGCCCGACGAGGGUUCGUCUGCGCCAGUCCAGGCGAGGCGCGAAUGGAAGUGCGAAGAGUGUGGACAGAUGCUGAGCUGGACGGAUGAGCUUCGGCUUGUGCAGUCUCGGCCUGGGGACGAUCCUUCCGGUAGUGCGCGCGCACUCCUCGCUAGACAAGACGGGGCUCAGGACGCCGAAGCAGACUUUCUAGCCUCGGACGAAGAAGGAGAAAGAGAAGGACUUCAAAGCUUAGGGCAGUCAAACCCAUCCAACAAAACCGGGAACCAGAGCGCAUGCUUGACAACGCCCGACAUGGAAGAGGAAAUCAUGCAGAGCUUCCACAAUCGCAUUCAGGAUCACUCGGACUUUCACUACGCCACGAAGCUUGCUGAACAAUUUGGAGAUGCGCGCUCCGGUAAUGCAAAGAAUGCGCAACCUUCCGAUGCACAAGACCAAAGAAAGAAGAAGACGAAGAGGAGGAAAUUGGAGAGCUUUUUUGCCAAGGGAAAGUGAGGCGGGAGGGUGUGAGCUUGGACACCUAUUGCUUGCCUACUUCUCUCCUUCAACUUGAACGUGUAAUUGCUAUCAAGCAGGCUCGCAUCAGUCGUCUUGUACUCUGCAGCAGUGCACUGCUCUGUGCUGUCAAGUGUGACUACAUGUAUAUUACUCUUGGAUGCAAUGUACAGUACCAC